GUAAAAUGAGGUGACCGACUUCCUUUUCAUUUACGACUUAACUCGAAUUAAGUGAGCUAGAAACUCAAGUUUCAACCUCAAACCUCCGCCCCGAAUUGGGACGAACUAGCCAUCAUGUCGACAAUGGACAUCGACACCAGCUCCUCGAAGCCGCAACCACGCGCCACCGAAAUCAACAACGAAGGCGAAACCACCAAUUCCACCACCCCCUCGCUCCCCUCCGCCAGCAAGAACGCCUCCACCCCAGUCACCAACACCAACACCACUAAUAACACCACCACCACCAAAACCGACGACCCCGACCCCAUAGUCGCAACCUACGACGUAUACACCAACGCGCCGCUCGCCGACAACCGCAAGCUGCUCGUGCUGCAGUACCCGAACAAGCAAGGGCCGCUGCGCGGCGCGUCCCCGCAGUUCAGCGAGGUGCGGCUGAAGACGAAGUCGGGCUUCGUCGAGGUCGACGUGCCCGCCGCCCACGGCCACGCCGACUACGACCGCGACAAGGGGAUGCGGUGGGGCGGCGCCCUGGCGCGCAGCACCGCCGCCAAGAACGGGGGAACCCACGGCUUGGCCGGCGGCUUCGGCGUCGGCGUACCCGCGAGGAGCGCCGCCGCUGGUAGCGGAGCGGGUCGGGGCGCGGGUGGUGGUGCGGGAGGAGGAGGAGCAGGGGCGCGCCAGAACGACUGGCAGCACGAGAUCAGCAUGAUGGAUUGGAGCGAGGCCGUGCGCCAGGACAAGGUCAUCCGGACGCAGACGCUGGGCGGCCAGUUCGCGAUCGAGAAGGAGACGAACUGCCGGUGGAUGGUGGGCGUGUUCAAAGGAGACCAGCUACAUCUCACCCCCGCCACCUCCCUAAUCCACCUACGCCCGCAACUCCACCACCUAGACGCCUACGCCGAACAAGAGCGGCUCUCGCGGCCGCGCGAAGGCUCCGGCGCGGGCCCGUCGUCGUCCGCCGCCGCUGGCGGCCCGGCUGCGGCGGGAGGAAGCAAAGAGGGGCAGACGCCGCAGGCGGGCGCCGCCAAGGCGAUCCACAUGACGAUCAAGAGCGCGGGGCAAGGGGACGGCGGGGCCAGCGUCGACACGAUGGUCGAGCGACUGCGCAAGGUCCAGACCGAGCCGUGGACGAAGCUCAGGUACGAGCACGACGACAGCGACAAGUCGUGGAGCAUGUUCGCCAGCAGCCUCGUGUACGCCGACGCGCCGCCGCCGAACCUCGCGCCCGGCGCCUCGAACGCGAAAGCCGAGGGGGGCGUCGGCAAGGGUAAGGAGAAAGCGACUGCGAAGGAUAACGGUGACGAGGCGGAAGAAGGGAAGAAGAAAAAACAGCAGCAGAUGUACAAGGCGCAGUGGGCCGAGGACGACUUUUUGAAGGCCGUGAGCGGCCUGAGCAAUAACCAGCAGGGCGACGCGAAGCCCCUGGACGACGAGGUCGAGAUCAAGGCCGAGGUGUUCAACCAGGGGUCCGUGCAAGCCGUGAAGAAGGCCCCGGCUAGCGCCGCUAAAGGGAAGGGAAAAGCUGUCGCUGCCCCGGCCGCGGCUUCGGCUGCGAAGAAACCUGCGGGUAUAAGGGGUAAAUCUGUCGCUUUCAAGGAAUGAAUAAAAAUAGGGGCUACUUGAAAUUUAGCCUAAGGGAUUGGUAGAUCAUAUUGCAUGGCUCGGCGUUUUGAGGUGCUCCUCUGGAACAUAUUGUAAUUCAUACGGCCACUUACCUGGAAGGCAGCGGUCGAAAUAUUGUCCACAAUACAACUGACUUGGCCUACCUUUUUAGAGUUACGUCAGCGUUCAGAACACGAUUAUCACGGCAAGAGUUAGGGUCAGGUAUCACGAUAGGGUCAUCCAUCAGGCAACAGGUGCCUCAUCUCAUGUCAAUAAGCUAAGCAACAGUGGACGUUUUACGUACUACUUGUGGUAGCACAAUGCUAUCCACCAUGAAUCCAG